AGCGCUAUCAUCGCAAUAGUGAUUAAAUUGUAGGAGCUGAACGGAAGGAGUCGCGCAAAACAACACGGAACGUUACGAGACGUGGUUUAGUGUUAUUUCGUUGGGAACAUUAUUUUUUUGAAUUUUUGUCGUUUUAGAAAUGUAAAUAAAGCAUAAUUAAUAAUAUUAAUUUGAAAAGUAUUUUAAUUGAACAGAGAUUGAUUAAAAGAAAAAAAAGUGAGGUUAAUAACCUUAAUUUCAAAUUUUUAAUAAUAUAUUAAAUAGAUUCAAAUUAAAUUAGCUUACUAUUAGGUGUGGGAUAUAAAUUAAACAAAAUGUCUGAAAAUGUUGAGGAAGUUAUCGAAGAAGAAAAUUCAGUUACAAUGUUAGAUGUACUUCGAGAAGAGAAUCAAUUAGAAGAAGAUGCGUAUGCGGUUUUGGGUGCAUCUGAUGACAAAAAUUGUACUUAUAGCAAGGGUUAUACACGACAAGCUCUUUAUGCAUGCAAAACUUGUUGUCAGAAAUCAAUGCGAGCAGCAAUAUGUCUUGCUUGUAGUUUUCAUUGUCACGAAGGUCAUGAACUUAUUGAAUUAUAUACUAAAAGACAUUUUAGAUGUGAUUGUGGCAAUUCAAAGUUUGGGGAGAAAAAGUGUAAUCUAGAUGCUUCAAAGGAUUCAAUAAAUUCUGAAAAUCAAUAUAACCAUAACUUUGAUGGUCUUUAUUGUAUUUGUGAAAGACCAUAUCCAGAUCCAGAUGAUACUGUCAAUGAUGAAAUGUUACAAUGUAUAAUCUGUGAGGACUGGUAUCAUUCAAAGCACUUAGAAUGCGAAAAGGAAAUGCCAGCAGAUGCUGCAUAUGAUGAAAUGAUUUGUGCUGGUUGUAUGAGACAGAAUGAUUUUCUUUGGAAUUAUGCCAAAAAAUAUACAGUGACAGAUGGUUCUAAUGGGGAUAAAGAAGAUGAUGAAUCAAUCAAUGUUGAAAAUCAAUUGAAAGAAUGUACAAUGCCAAGGAAUAAUACUGCAAAAAGAAUACCAUCACAAGGAAGUUGUUUUUGGAUAGAAGGAUGGAGAGCCGCUCUAUGUACUUGUAAAACAUGCAAAGAACUUUACCGAGAGAAAAAUAUUGCGUUUCUUCUUGAUCCAACGGAUAGCGUACAUGCUUACGAGGAAGCUGGUAAAAUUAAUAGCCGAGAAUCACAAUAUGAAAAGGGUAUGAAAGCCCUUGCUUCUUUAGGUCAUGUCGAACAAAUGACGGCUAUCGAAGAAUACAAUAAUAUGAAGGAACGAUUGAAACGAUAUUUGCAAAAAUUUGCUGAAAAUAAAAAAGUCGUACGAGAAGAAGAUAUAAAGGAAUUUUUCUCAGAAAUGGAAUCGAAGAAACGACCAAAAGUUGUGAUACCUACAUAUUGCCGUUGAAAUGUAUUAAUUGAAUAUUAUGGAAAUUUUUCGUUUCUAAUAGAAACAAAAAGUCGAUGUAUUGCAAACACUAUUACAAGUAAUAUGUUCUACUUUUAUAUAUUUCGUUUAUUGCAAAGCUUAGUUGCGUGAUACUAAAUUAUUUUGGAUGUAAUUCUAUAUUGAAGUUUAAAUGUAACUUCCAAUAAAUCAUAACCUUUUUUCGAUAUGAAAAAACAAAAAAGAAAAAGGAAAAUGGAAGGCAA